AUGGAAGCUACGUAUAACAAGGUGACGCCAGUUGCUUUGGGCAAGAGUAGGAAAAAGGGUAAAACUCCGAGGACUCGCAAUAAUGAAAUGGCAGCGAGCGAUGACUUGACAAUACCGCCACCUCCUUCAAUCCCACCUCCCAGUUUCAUCCUAGCGCCGCCCCCUCAACUGUUGGAAGGGUCUUCCGGUGACCACUCGAAUGCCUUCGUGACCAACGCUUCGCACUCGUCGGUUCAACAGUCCUUCCAGUCUUGGAAUUGCUAUGCCACUGUGCCAAAUAACCAGUCCAUCCCAGAAUUGCAUGCAUCGGAGCCAAUACCGUCGAAUAACGGUACAGUAAUACCAAAACCGAGUAGCUCAGGAACUGUUUUGAGAAGUCCGGACGCAGGAUUCGAUUACAGGAUCGACAAUAGCAUGGGAACACUGGCAUCUUGGAAUAGCUUCCCGGCAAUCGAUGCUAUGAGCCAAAGCCAGAGGGCAUCGAAUUCUCCGGGCAAAGAUAGAAAGAAGAGAAAAACACAUCGCAAUCAAAAUGUGAUUAGAGGAGGAGCUGAUUCGAUGAGUCUUGCUGAGGAGGCGGAGAGAAGGAAAAAGCGAGCUGAAAGAUUUGCCAACACAAAGAACAGCGUAAGCUCCAGCAGCUUGGACAGCGAGGAGAAUUUUGCAAACUUGAAUGCUAUCAGUACGACAUCUCACCGAUUCGACAAAAACAAAAGUAUAGUAGGCAGAUGUCAGUCGUUGGAGAAAUCAUACCUUAGAUUGACUUCAGAGCCGAAUCCGGAUUUAGUUCGUCCCUUAAAUGUCUUGAAGAAGGCUUAUACCAUGCUCAUGAAGAAGUAUCAAAAGAAGCAGGCGAGCUACCAAUACUUAUGUGACCAGUUCAAAUCCAUGAGACAGGAUCUGAGGGUUCAGAUGAUCGAGAACCAAUUUACAGUCAAAGUCUACGAGUCACACGCCCGCAUAGCUUUAGAGAAUGGGGACUUAGGGGAGUUCAAUCAGUGUCAAAGUAGACUCAUAACACUGUUCGAGCUCCCCACAGUAAAACCUUCUUUCCUCGAAGAAUUUACAAGCUACCGUAUACUUUACUACAUGCUGACAGAGGAUAGUGGCUCCAUGAACACACUGCGAUUGAAAUUGAUGACAGAAAAUGAGGCCGUAUUCAAGAACCAUAUGGUUCAAACUGCUUUCAGGCUAGCACAUGCAAGGUUGAUGGGCGAUUAUCACCACUUCAUGAAGAUCUACACUUCUAUGAAGAAUCUUGGUAAAAAAUUGGUUGAUGCAUUUAUUGAGAAAGAGAAGCUAAAAUCACUUAUGGUAAUUUGUAAAAGCUACAAUCAAAUCAAGCUAGACUUUUUGAUUCAAGAGUUUCAUUUGAACGACCACGAAGAGUUGAUGGGAUUUUUAAAGCAGAGAGGUCUUGACAAGUAUAUCCUCACAAAGAACCUAGGAGAGGAGAAUGAAAGCCAAUAUCUAGACACUAAGGCCUGUAGAGUUCCCGUCAUGCAGCAAUACUUCAGUUCCAAGAAAAUUGAUAUCAAGGGCCAGCAGUAG